GGCAUGGGUUACGGCAGGACAAGGAUAUUGUAAGGAUUCUGCACUGUGCAACAGUAGCCAAGCAAAGGUUAUCAAUCUUAUCAGAUAAAAAUGGCAAGUACUGGUCCUGAGCCACACAACGGUCCAUAGAGGGAAUGAACAAAGUGGGUCCUUUUGAGAGGCAUGGUUCAACAGAGAUGGUUCGUCAAAGCCAAGAGACAUAGACAACAUAGUCAACAUCACCGUGGCAAGAUAUAAAGGUCAUGCCUUAAGAUGGCAAAUACAACCUGCACUGAGGACAGGAUUCAACAUGCUCUAGAAAGAUGUCUUCAUGGACUAAGUAGGAGUGAUGGGUCUUCUCCAACCUGGACCGCUGGGCUCUGCCUGAACUACUGGAGUCUGGAAGAGCUUGUCAACCGGGACCCGGACAACUUCAUAAUUCUAGCUGAGAAGGUCCUGGAAAGAACUAGAGCUGCACAGGAAAAAUGUGAAUAUGACCUCCUCGCUCCUCUAGCCCUGGUGUUCUAUUUUGCCGUCCUGCGGACGCCGUGUAUCCCUGCUGGGUGUGACUUGCUCACAAACGCCUUUGAGACUUUCCACGUUUUUCUCACGUGGCCAUCCCCAUAUUGCAAUAUUUACCAGGAGAUCCUUAGUUUCAUUAGCGAGGAGCAGAAAGCACCAGGAAUCACUUACCAGCGUCUGGUGAGAGCAGAGCAGGGCCUGCUGACCACGUCCUUCCAGUCCAGCACGGUCACGGUGCUGCUGGUGAACCCCACAGAGCUACCCAAGGAGUUUAUGAAUGUUGCGGAACGUCUGAGCAGCACAGAGCAAUCCGCCCCUCAGAUGUACAUCUCCCUGAUAAAGCACAUGUACCAAGCCACCCUGGGAUCUGCGUGCAACAUCACAACGCUGGGCAACAACCUCCAGAGUAAAAAACAAGAGGAGUUGCAAGCCAUCUAUUCAGAAUUGACAGACGUGUUGGAGUCUGCAGCAGGAGCCCCAGAAGACCGAGGAACACAGAGAGAGAGUCUGAAAGCCAGACUGCAGGACAUUGGACAGAAAGCAGGCUUUUUGGCAGGCAGUACAGAAACGAACAAUGGAGUUAAAUUCCAAACCAUCGCAUUGCCGGUUCCCAAAUGUUACACAUACAGAUGGGAUCAGGACAACUUUGAUAUCCUACAUGACAUCCUACAGACAGAGGAGGAGCUUGUAUCGUUGUCUUUGGAGGAUGACGUAAAUGAAGAAGAGGAAGAAGACGAUGAUGACGAUGGCAAUGUUGAUGAAGAAGAGGAAAUGGCUGAUGAUGGCUCCCAGCGUAAUUCUGUAUUCUCAAACCCCGGUAAACGUUACGUGUACUGGAACACGCCUAACGAACAGAAGGAGGAUACAAUGAUUAGCAACCAUUCUGUGUCAUUUGUUUCAAGCCUCUCUAGCUGUGUGGACAGUGGUUACAUUGAAGACAGUGACGAGAGCUCCCAAGAGUCUCCAGACAAGACAGAAUAUAAGGAUGAAACACCCAACCGCAAGCUUAAACAGAAAAUCCGCCAGUUCUUUAAAUCCAAACAUCUUCAUAACAAGUACAAACCGAAGGCUGAUGCCAUGGUUUGCUCCCCUCACUCAUUACUCACUCCAUUCCCAUCUGUACAAGAGACACUCCCCUUGCGUCGAGCUGGCAGUUUAUGCACACCUCCAGUGCGGAGAGUCCCAGCCCGGUCAAAGAGAUCCCAAUCUCUCCCACAGCAUGCCCUAGGUGCCCAUUUCUUUGAGGUCCUGCAGAACCAGAACAUGUCUUUGAAGAAGAGGCCAUUCCUGAGCUGCGACGAGGACCUCAAAGUCUCCACAUUGAGGGUUGUGGUGUUUGGCUCAGACCGUAUUUCUGGAAAAUUGGCUCGCGCUUAUAGCAAUCUACGAAUGAAGGAGAGCAAUUACCCAUUUUUGACGAGAUUCUAUAAGCUUCAGUUAUACUACAUUCCGGUUAAAAGGAACCAGUCAAGCCCAAACACAGCACUGACAGGGCCUGAAUCCCCACUGAAAUCUCCGAUACAUCCAGGACGGCCUACUCCAGAGGAAAUUUCCGAGGAUGAAGAAAGCACUAAUGAUAUCUCACAUUAUAUCAGCAUGCUGGAUCCUUGGUACAAGAGAAACAUCCAGGGUUUGAUGGCCUUACCCACAUCUGCUCUCUGCCAGUUUUCAAAACAUGAGAAUGGCCAAGAGUCUCCCCAGAUGCCUAUCCUGACUGACAUGUUACUGUAUUACUGCCGGUUUGCUACACGGUCGAUGCUCUUGCAGUUAUACCAAGCAGAGAUCACAUUUGAUGGUGGCAGAAAGCAGACUGAAGUCUUUAUCCAGUCCCUGGAGCUGGGGCACUCUGCCGCUCUGAGAGCAAUAAAAGCAUCAGGUCCUGGAUGCAAGAGGUUUGGUAUUGAUGGAGACAGAGAAGCUAUCCCAUUUACACUACAGAUUGUCUACAGUAAGUCGACCAUCAGUGGCCGCAGUCGGUGGAAUAAUGGAGAGAAGGUGUGUACGUCCGUCAGCCUGAGAAAAGCGUGCAAUACGUAUGAAGAACUAGAUACCAAAAUGGAGUGCUUGAAUCUGACUGUGAGGGAAGUUGUUAAAAGACAGAACUCGAAGACCAAGAAGAGUUUUAAUCUGAUAAACAUAUCACAAAUCAAGGUGGACAAAGCUCAGAUUAUCGCACAGCAUGGUGGAACUUUUCCUUUAUGCGUGGACCAAGACGAGCGGAAAAUCCUCCAAAGGGUGAUAAAGUGUGAAGUGUCGCCGUGUUACAAGCCAGAGAGCAGAAACUUUCGCAGAACGAAAACGCCACCUUGGUCCCCAGCAAUGCACGAUCAGUUUUGCUCCCUGCUUUGUUUACCAAUUGCUACAUUCAGUGGAGCUCAGCUAUAAACUGAAUUACAGCUAAUUUAUAAAGACAUAAGAGUGAAAUUAACGCCCAGGUUGGAGAUGAAAAAAAAAUAUGACUGCUCAUUGAAUAAUCUGUUCAUCAUUAAGUUUAUUCUUGCCUGAAAACAGCUGGAUUAUAUUCUGGCCUUACGUGGAAUAGACCAACCUUUAACGGCGAAAGCAAUAUUUAAACAUAAUUUCGCUUUUCGAUCUACCGCUGUCCCCUUGCCUUUUUUUGGAAUGUUUUCGAUAUACCCAUUUCCACAUCAACUGGAGAGAUCAUACAAAGGAUCGAUAUUUAGGAGAGGGGUCACUAUCGCACUCAAUAUUAUCCAACCAGCAAGUUUGCUGAGCUGAUUUUACUAACUUUAAACUAGUGGAUGAGUGGAGAUCUCCAAACUUGUAUAUACACUGAGGUGUCUGCGUGAACGUUCUCGAACAGAUACCUUCCUGAUUGCACUUAUAACUAUGUUCUUAACAGGUGCGAGGUUUUACUCAGCAGCUUUUGUAUUGAUAUUCGAUGUAUUUAUUAUUAAUUCUUACUGCACUGCGUUCCUGUCCAUUCUGACAUUGAUGCACUGUAACUGUAGAGGCAUUCAGAACCGGAUUCAAACAGAUGUCUACAGUACCUUUCGGUCAUAUCCGACAUUUAUACUUCAGUGUAUUUUCUGCAUAAAUUCUCCAUCUUUAGAGCAGCAAUACUGGAGGCUAUAUUAAAAUAAGAAAUUCUAUUUUCUCCUGCCUGGAAGUUUAGAACUGUAGAGUGAAGCCUAAAGGUGGCUGCCUAUACCGAUGACUCACA